GAAGCCAAUUAAGGUGCAAGGAAGUGAUGUUAAAGAAAACAAGUACAUACAUGUUAACGAUAAAGUUUCGGGGACGAAAAAAUCUGACGCUUCGGAGAGCAACAAAAGGGGAUCCAGGAAGUCGAAAACCAUGAGAUUAAAAAAUAUGAUGCCCGGAUUUCUGAGAUACAGUACCACCGAAAUUAAGAAUCGAAUGAAACAUGGAGUCAGUGAUUUGUUUGGUCAUUACUCAUUGCUGGAAAAAAUGUCUUUGGAAUCAGAGAAAGUGAUUACAGAGACGAAACAGGAAUUACUUGGAAGAUAUCACAGCUUGCUGCAUGACUUUAAUUACGGAAGAAGACCAGGCUUGAAGAAAUCUAAUGAAUAUCAGAACCUCGUUGGUAGAAUGUUGAUGUGCAAGAUUCCUGACAUAGAAGAAAUGAAGGAGUCGAAAGAACUAGACUCUAUCAGCAAAUCAACGAAUAUGGAACCUAUAUCUUGUAAUUCAAAAAUAAAACUAUCCCAAAAGCAAACCUCACCUCAAACGGAUAAUGAUCCUGAUUAUUUUACUGCGAAGCCCACGGAUAAGAUCACGAAACGCCCCUCAAUCUCAAGAGGUACUGCUAUGCAAAAUGAGGGGUCUUUAUUUCACGACAAGAGACAAAACACGUUAGGAACUGAACACGAAACUCUGAAAAACACGGUAAAAAACACUCACCCAAAAGUGGAUAAGGAUCAUAAACGUAUUGAGAAUCAGGACAUCUCAUCGAAAGGACAAGAACCUACUUGUUUCCAAAAGAAAGCAAGAUUAAGAACUGAAAUUGAUACUAAUUAUUUGCCUGCGAAGAUUUCAAUUCAUAGUAGAGAAAAUUGGACUAGGGAUCGAGAACAUCUUAGGAGACUACUGGAAUCGGAAGAGCCCAAUCCCAAAAAGCAAAAGUCAGUUCCAACUGAGCAUGAUCUUAAGAAAAGAGGUUGGCAUAGCUCUUCAACUCAUCAAAGUAUGCAACGCAUUCAAAAACAGGUCUCGUCGGAAGAAGUCGAUUCCAAAAAUCAAAAAUCUGCACAGUCUGAAACCGAUCUCAAUUACUUUACUCUGAACAAUAAUUCAUCAAAAACAUUAUUCGAGCAACAAAGGAAUGUACGAACUGACCAAGAUCUUAACAACAAUCGAGACAGCUGCUCCGCAUGUGGGAAUAAUUCUGAUGCGGAAAAGGAAGACAUAAAGGGCACAAGAAAACGGUCAUCAUUGGAAAAUCAACAUUCCGAAAGAAUGCAAUUUUCCCAGACCGAAAAAAGUUCCCCUAUAGGGGACAUGGUGCAAAACUCCCCUGACUUUAAAAACAUGGCAAAUCGAACACCUGCAGAAUCUGAAAAGGGCAAGAAGAAGGCUCAGGAUUGGCAACACUCUCUGAAUUUUAGAAGUGGUAGAAGUGCUAUAAAUAAACAACAGAACGAAAUCAAAAUAAAACCAUCAUCAUCAAACGAUCAAAAAAGGCAUUGGCUUUUCAAGAUGCGAGAAUCUGCACAAACUAAAAAAAAUCUCAAAUACUUGAUUGCAAAGCGCACUCACCAAAGCAUGCAAUGUCAAUCAGAAUUCAAAUGUGUUUCCAGUAGCAAUCAGACUGAGAAAGAUCUCAAAAGUUUCUCAAUAAAGAAAAAUGUUCAAGUUCAGCCGUGCUCUCCAAGCCUCAAAAGUAGUGAUAUAGGAAAUGAACGAAACAGGAUUAAACGGCAGCAUUUCUCAUUGGGAGAACAAUCCUUCGAGAAACGGAAACCUGCACUAACUGCAACUGGCAAUGAAAAGGGAGAUCUCAAAAGAAAGCUUUCCUUGUUGAAAGAUCAGUUUUCCGCUAAACAAACUGAACAAAGUUUGCAAUGUUCUGCUGAUUUGGAAGAUGGCGAAAUAGACGAGAAACAUUGCCAAAUUUUAUCAAACAGUCAAGUAAAUCGGGUUUUCAAAAAACGAAAGACAGCACUUGCUGCAAAAGAGCCCAAUAACUUUACUGUAAGCUGCUGCUCGGACUCUAAUAGUACUGGUAUUACUGAUGACCCAAUCCAAACUAAAAACACAAAAUUAUCACUGGAGGAACAAGAUCCAUUGCUUUCUGAGAGACGUAAAACAUUAGCUACUAUUUUCAACCAGAAAAAACCUGUACAAAUUGAUCAAAAUCUGCAGUGCUCUUUUGAUUUGGAAGAUGGUGAAAUAGAUGAGAAGCAAUGUCAGAUUUCAUUGCAUAGUCAAGUACAUCGGGUUUUGAAAAAACGACAGCUAGCACCUGCUGCAAAAGAUCUCAAUAACUUUACAGUAAAUUGCUCCUUGGACUCCAAUAGUAAUGAGUCGAAUGAUGAACCAAUUAAGACCGAAAAGACACAAUUAUUAUUAAAAGAACAUCAACCUGUGAUUUCUAAAAGACAAGAAACAUUGAAAACUGAGAGUAGUUUCAAUAACUUCAAUUCAACAGACGCUCACCGAAAUUGUCGACGCCAAUCAAAGCUUAUUGAGAAACAACCAAUCUCACUAGAAGAUUCCGUUUUCGAACAGAACAAAUCUGCACAACCUGAAUCAGUUAUUAAUUACUUUACGAUUGACAACAAGAAUCAAGACUGGCAAUACUUCUCGGGUCCUGAAAAAGACCCAAAACUCGUCAGCUUCCUAGAAGCUGUAAAUAAAAAAGACGCGUUGGUGAAACAUUAUUCUGAAAAGCAGAGACCUGUCCGAAAUAAGAAUGAUUCUGAUUAUCCCACUGCAACGGACACGGAUCAAAGAAGCUCUAGCUGCUCUGAACUGAAGGGUACAACCAUGAACAAGAAACAGGAAGAGAACACAAGAAAACGUCUCUCAUUGAAAAAUGAAGAAGCAUCCCCAGAGAAAACGCUUGUACGUGCUGAAAAAGAUUUCAACCACUUCACUGUGAAAAAGAAAGAGGAAUGUUUAAGUUUGUCUUUUGGUUUUAUUGCUCUUCCAAUCAAAAAACGGCGCCCAUUUUUUGAAGGGCAGAAUAAUAGUAUAGAAUUAAAAGGAACUGCAACUCAGAUCGAAAGACAAUCCGUUUCAUCGGAGGUGCAUAUUUCCAAUUACCAAAGCACACCCAUGAAGAACAACGGCCGAGGUGGGCAAAACUCUUUAGGCUUCAAUGAUCAUCCAAUUAAAAUAAAUUCAUCCGAAGAACAACUCUCCGGAACACAAAAAUCCCAUCCAAUGGAAAACGGUUUUGUUACUACCACUGUAACAAGCCCCGAACGGAGUGGGCAAAGCUCUUUAGGUUCUAAUAAUGUGCAUAUGAAUGAGAACCUAAAUGAAGUGAGACGAGCACCACCAGAACAACCUCAAGAACCAGAUGAACCAGAAGAAUCAGAAGAACAAGAACCUGUUCGUCCUGAACAGCAGAACAUUGAGAUUCCGGAAGGUGGAGGAGUUUUAACCGAGCCACGACCAGUCGCAUCAGAAUGGUCGAAAUUGGGCGUCAAUAUCGACGGUAACUGGAUGUUACGUAAAGAUCUUACACACUAUCGAUUCAACUGGCCAAUAGACCCGGAAAAAAGAAAAAUAGAGAGGGGUAAAGCCGUUGCCCGGUGUCGGGAAAUACGAAAAAAUGGCCCGGUUAGUAUACCACACAAGAACAAUGCCUCCACCAUUACUUGGAUAAGCAAGGUGCGUGGAAUAAGAAGGAUACCAUUGGAAAGCCAUACAGCAUCUCAGUGAUGUAAGUUAUUCAGUGGUUUCUGGCAGGGUGAGUUUGUGAAAGAAAACGGAAUUCAAGGAAAUAAGUCUUCUGUGACAAAAUUUUAUUGUGCCAAAAUGACCAAAUAUCGUAGUGAAAGUUUCAAUGACUUUUUUUUUGAAAAACAAUGGAAAACAUUUUUUUUUGAUUGGCGUCUUCCAAAAAAGUGUCAGAGAGCUUUUCAAAACUAAAUAAAAACACAUUUUCUUAAAAUUCAGAUUCAAACGUUACAAUUAUUUAGUUUCUAUUAUAUUUAUCCUAAUUUUGAAAUCGGCUCUUUUUUUUCUACAAGUUUUUCAAUCAAACCCUUUCCACCAAUCUUUAAAAUAAUUUCCAGAUUCAAUAGCAAAUCAGCAAGUUAACUGCGUUAGCCGUGCAACCUCCAAUCAAUCAUCUUUGUAAACAUUUAUUUUCUCACGGAAUUCCAUUUUACAGAAUUUGGAAUAUACAUAUAACAAUUAAUAAUUUAAUUUCGUUUUGAAUAUUUUAGAAUUAGAGUUUUUUUAAAAAUCUUUUCUGCCAUGUUAUUAUUUUCCACUUCUGAAACUGAAUUUGUUUUUCUGUAACUUCCCAAUUUAUUUGAUACUUUGAAUUAUUUUAUUCUGAUUAAAUUUUUUGUUAUUAGAAACGACAUUUUUUGUAUUAUCCAUCGUCUUGUGAAUAUUUUAUGCAACAUUCAAUACAAAUAAAACUCA